GAAUGAUGAUUGACGCCUACUAUUUUAGUAUGCAGCUAAUCACGUUUUUAAUUCGUGAUCCUAAUUGAGAUUUCAGAAUCAAGAGAGAGAGCAGCAUACUGUAGAUGCCAAGUUGCUGCUAGUAAGGAGACAGAAUGAUCCGGCUACAUCCCUAAAGCGAGCUAGCUACUCUCUUUGCCGAGACUUGAAAGUUUUCCCAAUCAAAGAAUCAAAAGGCGGUGCCCGCCUUUGAUCGCUUUACAAUGGUGCACUGUCCUCUUCUGGUGGACGGCAUGCUAAAUCCGCACCAACUUGCGAGUCGCUAGUUUGCUACUACUACCCUCUCGCUGCCUCGCGUGCCGCAGCUGCAUAGGCGCCGGACACCGGAGCAGCACGGGCGCGGCGCAGCGAGUGCAGCCAUGCAGCUUUUCUCGGGGCGGAGCAAGGAGCACAAGAGCGGCUAUGGCGGCGGAGGCGGCAAGUACCACGCCGACGCUGCGGCGAAGGAGUCAUCAAGGACGAUGCGGCACAAGAGCGGCAAGUGCCGCGCGCUGUGCUGCGGCGCGUCCCGGCUCAGCGUGUCCUCGUCGGCGUCGUUCUUGUCCGCCGACGCUGCGCCGGAACCGCUCCCGCCGCUGGAGCCGCAGCCGCGCGGCGUGUCCAAGCUCGCCCACGGGAUGGUCCAGGCGAGGCUCCAGUCCAUGAUCGACGCCGCGGAAGCCGAGCGCCGGCCGUCGGCGAGGCGGGCGCCGGAGCUCACCAGCCGGCACCGCGGGCCGUGCGCGUGGGCCCGCGGCGGCGGCUGCUACGAGAAGAGCGACCGGAGCGGGCGCGAGGUGUCCAAGAGGACGUGCGUCGUGCUGCUCGCGGAGGACAGGAGGACGCACGACCCCAGGGAGGAGUUCCGGCGGUCUAUCGCGGAGGUGAUCGUGGCGAAGCGGAUGUCCGAGCCGGCGGAGUUGCGGGCGCUGCUCAAUUGCUACGUUUCGGUGAACGCGCGCGAGCACCGCGCCGCCAUCCUCGAGGCCUUCCACGAGGUUUGCUCCGGCUUCUUCUCUUGCAAGUGUUGAACAAGCUUUAUUUUCUUCUAUGUCUGCCAUGCAUGCGCCGCUCAAUUAACCACUCAUCGUAUGUACUACGGGGAAGUGUGAUUGUAUCAUUGUAGAGCGUAAUAAGUAUUUUUCUCUUCCCUCUGUUUUGUUGAAAGAACGUUGCAAUGGUAA